AUGACUGAAGAACAAAAUGAUUAUAACAAUACCAAUACUUUAGAAGCAAGUAUGGAAGAGGAUGAUCUAUUAUUAGAAGAAAAUUCAGCUGAAUUUGAUUCAUUUGGUGAAAAUAUAAUUGAAUAUGAAUUAUUUGAUGAGAAUAGCAUUGAGUCUGAAGUGUUUGAUAAAACAUCAUCAUCAUGUUCUUUAAGUUCUAAAAAUGCCAAUUUAUCCAAAACAGUGAAGCAACUAUCAAAGAAACGAAGAACAAACCCUAUUUGGACUAUAAUAGAAGAAACUGAUGAUAAGAAUUAUUGUAAAAUUUGCUGA